AUGUUGAUGCUAACGCCGUCAUUGGCAGGAUUCCGUGGCUUAGACGUCACAAACGCUUCACCAGCCUUUGACUCGGCCGGUGGCGACACCUUCUCCACGGGCGUAGGUUCUUUAGCCGGAGCUUUAACCGUCUUCUUCUCCUUGGACACUUGCUCCUUCCAUUGCUUGAUAAUUUUCUUCACGAGCGAGCUGACCUCGGCAUCGGCAUGCGUCCGCAGCUUGUUGACUGCCACUCCGACCUUGGUUUCACGCAGAAACUUUUCUGUGGCUACCACAUCUUUCUUGAGCACUUCCAACAACUCCAAGAUUGUCUUGGAAUCCUUGGCCUUAUCCAAACUCGUUAUCACAGAUUUGACUUCUCCAGCGUUCAUUAUGGGUAUCUCAGAUGGACUCGCGCGUUUCCAGGUGUUCUACGGGUCCUAA